ACUCACUUCCGGGGGUUGUCUACGGUCGGGCGCUCCUCCUCGCCGGGGGCCCGGCCCAGCACUAUGCGCAGACUCGGCUCUUGGCUCAAGAUGGCGGCGGCAGAUAAACAGAAGCACGAGCACGGGAGAGUGAAGAUUGGGCACUACAUCCUGGGCGACACGCUUGGCGUCGGUACCUUCGGCAAAGUCAAGGUUGGCAAACAUGAGUUAACUGGACAUAAAGUUGCUGUGAAGAUUCUGAAUCGACAGAAAAUUCGCAGCCUUGACGUUGUAGGAAAAAUUCGCAGGGAGAUUCAGAACCUCAAACUCUUCAGACAUCCUCAUAUAAUUAAGCUGUAAGUUUUAUUUGCUAUAAUCAGAUCUAUUUAAGCAAUAAUCUCUUUUGCUCUCACUGACUUGAAAUGUGUCUAAAGGGCAGUAGUAUUAGCAGUCGCUUCUUAGGAAACUGACUAGUCCUAAGAAGCAGUAUUCCAUUUUCAGUAUCCCCUGUAACGCAUUUUCACAACACUGAUCUUCUCUGGGGGUCAGGGAAGUGUGCUUUAAUGUUCUUUUUCUAAUUAUAUUUGUUUUUGUUUUUUUUGGCCUAGAAUCAAAUUAAGAACAAGGUUGUAAAGUGUACUUCUAUAGGAAGCUUACUGCAUUUUUUCCUCAGUAUUUUUUAACAACAUGCUGAUCAGUUACCUGUGAUUUCUCCAAUGUUGAUGCCUCUGCAAAAUUUUUUUAAUUAAGGAUGUGCAGUCUGUUAAGUGUGAUCUGAUAUUUCAGAAUUCUUUGGUAUAGCUGUUACCACUUGUCUAGUAUGCUAAAAGGUCGUUGGCUGCUUAUCUAUUAGGCAAUAGUAGUUCAUCAGUAGAGUUCAGAGUACAGCUAAAUAUGUCCUAGACUAGACACUCUGUAAUUUAUUUUCUAAGACUAGAUACAAAUGCCGUUGAUUUUUGGCUUUUCAUAUAACCUGCCUUUGCAUAUAUUAGGGCACAUCUGGAGUGCAGACAAUUCUCACUCUUAAUUGUGGAGUGGCAGUUUAUUUUUUUUUAUUGUCAGACUUGUAUUAGGAUCAGGAUACCACUGAUAGAUUAAUUUUGGUUUAGGUUUCCGUUAGGUUUAACAGUAACACAUAAACUGGUGCUCAAUAAGAUUGUCAGAUCAUCUCAGUAACUUUCUUCAGUUAAGAGUUCAAGAACAAGUCCAAAAACUAGUGACUGCAGUCUGUGACUAGCCAAGAUAUGAGGCAGAAUAGUAAUAUGUAGCUCUUAAGUCAGCUUAACUGUUUUCAAGUAAACAAUUACUCAGUGAAUAGUGGUGCGAAAUUCUUUCUCUUCAGCAUGUGAAGGGAAGGAUCAAGAUGUAGGAGAUGACAGAAAAGAUUAAGAAUACUCAGCUUUUCAACUGUUUGACCUGAAUUUCCAAAGCUGAAGGGUUGUUGUCUUGUGUAAAAAAAAAA